GCACAAAACGUAAUCUCAUUUAUGGGGUUGCAAAAAAAAGACAAAGAGUCAGGGAUAUAAAUACCCAUUGCCACUGAAGGCCUGCCGUAGUUGAGAAGUGAAGUGUCUCCAAGGUUCAAAGAACUCUGAUAUUUGGUCCCACUUUUCUUAUUGACCCCGGUACAGCCACUGAAACGUGCUGCUGCAAUCCCUGAGGAGAACCGUGAAGCUGGUGGCGAGGAGCCUUUGAUCUCUCUGCUUUCCUGUGACCCCCAGCAUGUGUACUGGGGGCUGUGCCAGGUGCCUGGGGGGCACCCUCAUUCCCCUGGCUGUGUUUGGCCUCCUGGCAAAUAUCCUGUUGUUCUUUCCUGGAGGAAAAGUGGUGAACGACAAAAGCCACCUUUCGGAUGAGGUCUGGUACUUCGGAGGAAUAUUGGGAAGUGGAGUCUUGAUGAUCUUCCCUGCGCUUGUGUUCUUGGGCCUGCAGAACAACGACUGCUGCGGAUGCUGUGGCAAUGAGGGCUGUGGGAAGCGAUUUGCGAUGUUCACCUCCACGUUGUUUGCUGUGAUUGGAUUCUUAGGUGCUGGCUACUCAUUUAUCGUCUCAGCUGUUUCCAUCAACAAGGGUCCUAAAUGCUUCAUGGCCAAUGGUACAUGGGGAUACCCCUUCCACGAUGGUGAUUAUCUUAAAGACCAAGCCUUGUGGAGCGAGUGCGAAGAGCCCCGUGAUGUGGUCCCCUGGAACCUCACCCUCUUCUCCAUUCUGCUGGUCAUCGGAGGGAUCCAGAUGAUUCUCUGUGCCAUCCAGGUGAUCAAUGGCCUCCUGGGAACUCUCUGUGGAGACUGCCAGUGCUGUGGCUGCUGUGGGGGUGAUGGACCAGUCUAACAGGUUAUGAAGAGCUGUUCCACGUCUACAGUACAUCGCGUGGGAAGACAUGCCCCAGGCCCAGCCCUGACCACAUGUGUUGCUAAUGCCUGUCUGGUUCCUCUCUGGCAGAGCUUGGCAGGCACAAGAGAUCCUUUUCUCUUUCCAAACAACUUAGCACAAUCUAGAAAUUCGGUGGUUUUUUUUUUUUUUUUCAAAUAAAAAACUAGUUAGAUAACUUUACAAAUUAGGUCCUUUCUUGAAUUCCAGAACAAGUUCAAAGCAGUUUUUUUUUUCAUUCUUUCCCAUAAGAAAAGAUAAAAUAGACAAGGUCACUUAUCCUGCCAUAUUGUCUCUUUGUAUAUAAAGAUGUUCAUAUUUUAGGAAUAUUUGCAUAACUCAAAUGGAUAAAACAUUAAAAUGAAAACCAGUUUUUCAGGAUGCAUAGGUAAGGAAUGAUUGCUAUAUUAUAUAUAAUUUUUAUGUGAAGCCUGUUUUGACUAACGUGUCUGGAUUACUUGUAACUAGUUUUAUGAGCCUGUCAUAAUUUGCCAGGGUUCCCACAUGUAUAUUAAAUUAAUUAAAUUCAGAAUUAAAAUAAUAAAA